UAUCAUCCGAAUAAUGAUAAAUUAAUUAAAAUUUUGCCGAAGGCCAUCAACGUAGCGUCCAUCACACAGCAAUUGGACACGUCUUUAUUUCAAAAAAUUAUGAAACUUUAUGGAGACUACAAAAUCAACACAAAAUUAUUGUUUUUUUUGCGAAAUUUGUGAAACCAUAUUUUGUGAAUCUUCUCCCGACAUUUUUUUUUGAGCUUCACAAAUUUGCUAAGUAUAUGAAACGUAAUGCAAAAUGAGAUGUCGUGUCGUGACUACGUCAAAUAUUUCGUUAAUAACAAAUCCGCUGACGCAUUAACCCACAUAACUGAUGUACAUGUAAGUUACUCUGAUUAAUAAAACAAGGGGCUCUUUCAUACGGUGGUCCGGAAGUAUGUUCACUGGGGACAGAUUACUAGCAGAAAAGGAUAUAAUCCUUGUUUCUAUAAAUUAUAGACUAGGGAUUUUCGGUAAUUACUUAAAUGCAUGUCUUAACUAGUGAUAUAAGCAAAUAUAUUGAUGUUCACAAAAUUACGCACCAUAUUAAAUCACCUGGUAAAUUUAGGAUUCUUCACUUUCGAAACUGAUCAAUCACCCGGAAAUCUUGGUCUCCUAGACCAGUUCUGGGCUUUAAAGUGGAUCAAAGAGUUCAUAAUUCACUUUAAUGGAAAUCCCGAUCUUAUAACAAUUUAUGGACAAAGUGCAGGCGCGGCAAGUGUAGGGUAUUUGAUGGAUAGCAAACUAACCCGUGGAAACGAAACUUACAAACUGUUUCACCGAGCCAUAGCUUCCAGUGGAGAUAAUCUUGCAGGAUGGACGAUAAACCUGAGUGCGAAGGAUCAAAGUCAACAAUUCGUGGCAGCGUGUAAUUGCUCAGAUGGAACUGUCGACGAACAACUUAUUUGUCUUCAAAAAAUAAAUUCUUCAUCGAUUUUUGACAUUGCAAAUAAUAUCAGUUUUUACGGGGUGCCGUCAAAUCAAGCGAACACCAUAAGCCCUGAAUUCGUUAUGGUACCCAUGCACCCACAGGAAGUGGAUCCCGAGACGAGGAGUCGUGUACCACUACUCCUUGGAACAAAUAUGGAUGACGGUAGCGUAAUCUUUUCACGCUACUUCAAUCAGUUUAUCAAGCCUAAUCGCUCUCACGAAGAUCCAAAAUUCUUGCAAAAUAAAUUUAUCCAGAACAUGUUGAAUUCCAGCAAUUUCGGAAUUUUGGACAAACCAAUUGGGAUGCAUGAGACAGUUAUUUCGUCAUUCCUGAAGGAGGCGAGGAUGGCCACCAAGUUCGCCGAAAUGACCCCUUACGUCUCGAACAUCUUUUCUACUUACUACUUCAAAGCUCCGGCUUUACAUAAAGCGAUGUCGCACGCAAAAGAAAUAGGUGGGGUGAGGUUGCCCACAUACCUGUAUCACUUCGAAUUUUACAAUGCAAAUCGAAAUCGGUCUUACUAUGUGGACAUGGGUGGUGCUGAAGAAAUUCCGCCAGGCAAGUUUGGGAUUUUACUUAUGUAUUUUUAAAACUUCAAGGUGAGUUUGUGUUUAUUUUCUUCCGUGUUAAAGGUGUCGCUCACGGGGACGAGCUUCAUUAUCUGUUCAAAUUUGACGACCAGCCGUACAACGAUACCGAAAAGGCUAUAAGUUCGAAGAUGAUCGGGAUCUUUUAUUCGUUUAUGCGCUUCGGCAUACCAUCAGGAUGGACGAAAACCAAGGCUCCGCAUUGGCCUGAAGUAACGGAGGAUUCAUUUCCGUACCUACGAAUCGACAUUAACGAUACAUUGGGGGCCCAUUAUGGUAGCACCUUUCACUGCCAACACGGGCAAGAUGUUGGAAAAUGAGAAAAUUAAAUAAUGUAUAACAAUAUCUCAGAAAAGCAUGAAAUCUCAUCGAAGCUAAUCCAAAUAAUAAAUAAAUUUACAGUGCAGAAUUUUUACAAGUUCUAGUUCUAGUUCUCGGUAUAGCAAAACUAAAAUUUAAAAUAUUUUACAUACAGUUGAUCGGCACUGAAACAAAAAUUUCUCCAUCGUUUUUUUAAUUUUCCACAAGGCAACAUUUCAAAAUAUCCUUAAUUUUUGACGUUGAACUAAAAUUUUCCAUGAGACAUUAUGUGCCGAAACGUGGCCCUUGCUGUAUUACGUGCUUUUAUCAGGUUUGUUUUUCAAAAUUAUUUAUGCACCCGGAACUACUUAUAUGUAGUAAAGCGACCAAGAGCAAAAAUUCUGCACUCUAACUAGUACCAAUUUUGGAAAUCGCACCACGCUUUGCUAAAAUUUCUCGUUUAUAUCGGAUGUAUUAUUAUUGGUUAUUGACUUAAAAGAAAAACAAUAUUUUUCUAUUAA